UGUUGUCCCAGGCGUUGUCCCAGGUGCUGUCCCAGGUGUUGUCCCAGGUGCUGUCCCAGGUGUCGGGGCCUUUGGUGUGUCCCCAGCUGCAGCUGCUAAAGCAGCCAAAUAUGGAGUGGCAGCAAGACCUGGCUUCGGAUUGUCUCCCAUUUUCCCAGGUGGCGCCGGGGGCCUGGGUGUCGCUGGAAAACCCUCCAAGGCCUUCGGAGGGGCCCUGGGAGCCCUGGGAUACCAAGGUGUGCCCUGCCUGGGGAAGGCCUGUGGCCGGAAGAGAAAGUGAGCUUCCCAGGACCCCUGACUCGCGACCUCAUCAACUUUGGUGCUACUGCUUGGUGGAGAAUGUAAACCCUUUGUCACCCCACCCCAUGGUCCCCCAGUCCCCACCCCAGGAGGGAACGGGCAGGCCGGGCGGCCGUGGAAAUCCACAGGACGAGGAAACAAGAGAGCGGUGGCCCAGGGCCCUGACCGGGAGGCCCCCUACUUCAGAGGUGGGGGGUGGGCCUGGCCCCCUGCCCCCUCCCCGCCCCACCCAGGCGCUCCCCCCACACACACAGCCUCCAUCUCCAGGGGAACUUGGUGCUACAUGCCGGUGCUCCCAUCCUCCCAGGGGAGGGAGGAGGGAAGGGCAGCCCCUCGGGGACCCCCCUCCCUGGGGCUCCCUUGAAGAUGGUGCAGACACUUCUGGGCAGUCCGCCUCCCCCUGCCCACCGGGACCCAUCCCUGUCUGGCUGCGGUCCAGUUGGUACCCAAGCACCUUAAGCCUCAAAGCUGGAUUCGGUCACAUCAUCCCUCCUUGGUCCACCUCGUCCCCUCUCCCCCACCAAUUGCUGUUCCCCACAUCUGGGGCACCUUCAGGUUGGAAGACCACCCCCCCCACUGGGAAUAGCCCCCCCUUUGCUCUUGUGGAGCCUGUCCGCCCACCCACCCAUCUGCCCAUCCGUCCAUCUGUCCGUCCACCUGUCCUUGUCCCCAUUUGACUGCCCAGCACCACUAGCUGGCUGGGCACACCUGCCAUCAAACCCCCCACCCCGCCACCUCCCUCUCGCUCACCCAGGCUGUGCAGGGCUGUGGACAGGGGCAGGUGUCUCUCCCCACCCGGGGUCUCCCCACACGCAGUACUGUAUCCCUGUCCCUCUCUCGAGCCACUGUCCUUUAGAGUGGUUCCACCCCUGCCCCGCCCAUCUCUUUGUGUCUCGCUGUGAUAGAUCAAUAAAUAUUUUAUUUUUUGUCCUGGA